CGGUUGCCAUGGGACUUCUCCGCAACUCACUCCUCCUCCUUUCCCUGCUCUUCGUUCCUCUCUGCGCCGUCGCCGGAGGCCGUGGUCCCUGGUGGAUGGACACCGAUAGCUAAUAUCGAAGAGCCGCACGUGACGGAGAUCGCGAAUUUCGCGGUGGAGGAGUACGACAAGAGAAAUGGGGUGAAGCUGAAGUUGGAGAAGGUAGUGAAGGGAGAGACGCAGGUGGUGGCGACGACGAAGGAUGGAUCGUCGUCGGCGACGAAGAAUUACGAAGCCGUUGUGCGGGAAAAACCGUGGGAGCAUUUCCGGAACCUUACUUCGUUUGAGGCCGUUGAAGGGUAGAUCACAGAUAGGACAAUGUAGAUUUCGCUUUAUUUCUCCCUUCUAACUCAUUUCAUCUGUUGUUUCUAUGAUCGCGUUUAAUCUGUAAAAUUAUAAUUUGCCGUCA